AUGCAUGAAAAGAGCUUUGAAUCUACAGCGAUGAUUGAAUCAUUUCUUCGUCGAUCUUCAAAAGCCAACCGAUGGAUCAGACUAAUAUCAAAUGCUCCCGACAACGCACCUAAAGCUUCGGAAAACGAGUCUUGGCUUCGAAAACUGGGACAGCAGCAAAAUAGAAGAGACCCACAUUCAAGGCCUCAAAAUGCUCUGAUAGAUGAAGCUGUUAGUGACGCGAAAACUUUGUCGUCGGAAUAUGAUGUUGUAUCAACGCCGCCUGAUAGUCUUUACAUCCACAUCAAGUCACCACUAUCGCAAUUCACAACGAUAAGUCAUCUACAACCCAAGCACCAACGCCAUGCUCAAGCCAAAGAGUUCGUGGACGUGAGAAUUUUAAAAUGCCGUAGUGGCAGUGGUGGUAACGGAGCGGUCUCGUUUUUUAGAGACGCUGGCAGAUCAAUAGGACCCCCAGAUGGUGGUGAUGGUGGCGAUGGUGGUGGAGUAUAUGUACAAGCCGUAGAAGGUCUCAACAGUUUGGCUAAGCUGAAGACAAGCUACAUAGGCGCUGAUGGCGAAGCUGGUGCAGCAAAACAAUUGGAUGGUGCCCGUGGAAAAGACGUUUUGAUAUCGGUUCCGAUAGGAACAGUGGUAAAAUGGUGCAUGAAUCCUGCAUUGGUACGCAGCGCCAUAGGCACAUCUAAAGAAUCAGUUCAACUUCCACUCAGAAAAGUUCUUGAGCGGCAAAAAGUGAGCCUGCAAUGUACAGGACGAUUCGAAAUGGAUCAAAAACCCACUCACAUCCAGUUAUUUCGCGAUUCCUACAGUCCUGGUGAAGGAUGGCAUUUCAAGGCAAAAGACAAAGAAUACCACGAUAGCAAAGAUUGGUUUGAAGCACUGAAAGAAAAGGUCAAGGUUUAUGACUUUGAGACUACGCAGUCUGAAUUGAAAGCAGACCGCUUUGCGCUUCGAGGUCUAGACCUUGAUAAGCCAAGCGAAAAGCCCAUUUGUCUGCUCAAGGGCGGUAAGGGCGGUUUGGGAAAUAUGCAUUUUUUAACGAACAUUAUCAGAAAUCCUCGAUUUGCCAAAAUUGGCAGAAGCGGGCUAGAGCAGUAUUUCAUGUUUGAGCUCAAAAGCCUUGCAGACUUAGGCUUAGUCGGGUUACCGAAUGCGGGAAAAUCGACAAUUUUGAGCCGUAUCUCAAACGCGCGACCUAAAGUAGGCCAUUGGGAGUUUACAACAACACAUCCCAGCAUUGGAACAGUAUCUCUAGGAAUCGACGGGCUCAGCUUCACUGUGGCUGAUAUUCCGGGUAUCAUAAAAGGAGCUGCUCAAGACAAAGGCAUGGGGCUCGAGUUUCUUAGACAUAUUCAGCGAUCGAAGGGUUGGACGAUCGUGGUGAGCCUAGAGAAGCAAGACCCCCUUGCAGACCUAAACACACUACUGAAUGAGCUGGGGGGUGUGGAAGAAGUCACCAAGAAGAACGUGUUGGUAGUUUGUAAUAAGGCAGAUAUCGACCCAAGUGACCCCGCCAGCCAAAACAAGUUCUACAAAAUAGAAGAUUUCUGCAAAGCAUAUAAUUGGGAUGUUUUGCCCAUAAGUGCACUCAAUGGCGAUAAUAUCGAUCUUUUAGUGCGCAAGAUGGCCAUUUGUGCUGGUAAGCUAUAA